CCUGAUCUAGUUCCUUACCACGGGAUCGGGGUUCCACGUCCUAGAGACGACGCAAAACUCAAAGAAGAAGAAGAGGAGAAAAAGAUUCAAAAAAUGAAAUGUGACGAUGGUGAUGGUGACGACGAGAAGAACACAUUUGCAAUCCAAAAUCUACCGGAAGGCGCCAUCGCGCACAUUUUCUCUCUCCUCCCGGCGUUAUCUGUGAUUAAUUGCAUGCUCACUUCGAAACAGUUAUAUCGAGCAGCCGUGUCGGACGGGACGUGCUGGAAAAGACAGUGCGAAAAACUCGCCAACAUCGAGAGUUUAGACGAUUUACGAGCGAAAGCGAGACGAGAUAUAUUCAUGAAUUCCGCGAAAGACGAAGAGAAAGUGAAAGAAUCCGGGGAGUAUUACAGGAAAGUUUUCAUUGAGAUGCAAAAGAACCCGUUGAUGCGGUAUCGAUUUUUGAAGAUGAUACCGACGCUCGGCUUGAAUGUGCGAGAAUUGCGUCGCGGAAAAAGUAGGAGAAAGAAGAUGGUUUUCGGUGGGUUUAGCUUCAACGCCGUGGAAGGAUACGACGAGGAGGAGGGAGAAGAAGAAGAAGAAGAAGAAGAAAAGGAGGAUGCUACGAUGGAACUGGUUGACGACGACGGGAAGGAAAACGCAUCGAAAAAUUUUAGAGACGAGGACGAGAAUAACAAGAACAAGAAACGAACCUCGGACGGCGCGUUGAAAGAGAUGCAAUCGAACCGAGAACGAUACAUAGAGCAAGACGUCGUAGAUUUGAAUGGAGGGACGAAUAGAAAAAGGAAGAAGAAAAUCAUCUCAGACUACUCGAGUUUUAACGUUCAAGAAAGAGUGGAGGUGAGGAACAGUCAUCGACAGCGCAUGUGGGAAUGUUUAGACGUAUGCUCGGGGACAUUAAAAGCGGUUAAACUCGUAGGAUUCCUCGAAAAACCUGAAGAAGGUUUGCGAAGUAGGAAAUUGCGCGAAGCGGCGAACAUGAAGGCGCUAUCGGCGCAAAUAGUCGUUCGAGCGACGACGAGGAUGGGAGAAGAAGACCACUUAGGCGCGAGAGAAUACUUGAACGGAGCGAAUUCUAUCGCGCGAUUAGAACGUUUAGUUACGAUUGACGAAGACAUGCCGUUUGAGGUCCCGUGGUUAGUAGGAGAACUUCCGCUAGAGUUGCAAGCGGCGGAAGAAGAAGACGAGAUGGAAGCGAAUUCAGUUGGCAGAAGGCGAAUUCUUCCGCGACUCAGCGGUAAAAUGCUCAUGAUUCACGAGCAUUUUCCGAUAUCUUUACGCGCACAGCGGUCGAGAGUGUGCGAGGAUCCAGUCGUCGCGAAAAAACAACCGCCGCAAGAGUGGUGCUAUGACGACGACGGCACUUUUCGAUUGAAAAGAUCUAAAGUGCGCAUGCUCACGCAGCAAUUGAUCGAAGGCGUUCGAUUUGCGCAUUCGCGUGGAAUUGCGCAUAGAAAUUUGCAUUGCGGACAUCUUUUAGUCGACGAUCAGAAGAAUAAUGGCAACGGACAACUCGUAAUUGCCUCGUGGGCAGCAUCGAGAGGAUUUCGCGACGUUGGAAAGCGCUCUCCUUUGCGUUCGUGCACCGUGCCUUAUUACAUCGCGCCUGAAGGACUCAUCAUACCUCCUGUGCAACAAAUCGAUCCCGAUUCCAUCGACGAAACCGCUUACGAUGAUAUCGGAACGUUCGACGGAACAGAUAACGGAGAUGAAUCUACUAUAGAGAAAGAAAACGAAGAAGAAGAAGAGAGCAAGAAAAAGAAGAAAAAGAAACCAGUGCUUCCGAAACAGUACACAAACGCCGUGGACGUGUGGUCGUGCGGUUGCGUCUUUGCAGAAUUUAUCCUCGGUUCCUCGCUCUUCAACAAAUUCGCGUAUUACGAAGGUGCCGAACAGUUGGAUCAAAUUUUGUGCAUUUUUAAACUUCUUGGAACACCAAACGAAAAGUCGUGGCCGGAUGUUAAAAGUAUACCCGGUUGGCACGAGGAUAUGUUCCCGAAAUGGUUACCAAGAGUCUCCUUCUUGAAACUAACUCGCGCGAACGAAAUCACCGUUUUCCAGGCCGAUUUGUUGCGAAGAAUGUUAACGCUCGACCCUUCGAGAAGAAUUACCGCGCACGAAGCGUUGCAUCACCCGUAUUUCUCCUCCGAAACCGAAUUCAAAGACGAUCGCAUCGUAAUGUACGAAGACGAAGACGCGCAGCGUUUAAAGCUGCCCGGCGGCGAGACCAUAGUUCAACGACACGUUCGUAUGGUGAGCGCGAAAGAGGAUGAAGAAGAAGAAGAAGAAGAACUCUUCGGCAUCGUCUCUAAACUCGAACAAUCGCCGUGUAAAAAGUACCACCGAUAUCACGUCAUCUUUGACGCGAAGCAAACGCCUCUAUCGAUGAGUUCGUUGGUUUCGCUCGAGACUAAACUCGAGGUGCUUAAAAACCGCGACGACAAAGAAGAAGAAGAAGAAGAAGAAACAGUGCGAGUCAAAUUCCGCCUCGCCACGCAAUAUUGGUCCGAACGCGACGUCUUGUUAAAGAUGGUCUUAUAA